UUGAUUAUAACACAACAACAAUAUUAGAUAAAUACUCCUGUUUAGAUUUACCGGUGCAGUGUUCACAUUUUCUUUCGACCUAGGUCUAUCUUUUUCUCAAAUGCUGCAACUUCUUAGUACCCUGUAAAGCUCAUCGUUUUUCUGGGCGUGGUUUAUCGUGCGAUGCUCCUGGUUGUGUUUUGUUUUGCAGUUUGGUAACAAACUUUCUUGAGCCUCUUUACCUACCAAAACACAGCAUCACGCGUGUAAUUUCUCAAGAGGUUCCAUUGUUAACGUUGAUAUACUCUGCCACAGCUUAGCCAAGCCCUCAACUUGUACUCAAAUCUCAUUCAGUCUUUACCUGAUCUGCCUGAUCCCCGCAAAAGGUUCAUCUAUAAAAUCACCUCGUCCUACCAUUUAUUAACUUUGAAAGGCGGCCGGUGGCCAGUGAGAGGUCGAACGAUAAUGAAAUGUCAUCGGCAGGUAUCAAUGGAGGAGGAAUUGGGAAAGCAGCUAUUGAAUAUUGGUUAUCAGAUCAUCGUCUUCCUUUCCGCCCCUUUUUGAGAGGCAACCUUGAAAAAGCUAUAAGGUAUCACGAAAAUUUAAGGAUGGGUUCUUCGUACUCAUCACUCAAACCUGUCACACCGCCUCAGGAAAAGGAACGUGAGAUUUUCGCAUCUGACGAGGAAGACGAAGAGGAAGAAGACCCAAGACCUGCAAAAAGAAGGAAGACUGCCAAUAUCGAUUCUUCUAUACCUGCACUAGCUCAUAAUUCUUCGAAUCGAUCUAUGUCUUCAUCUUCGGCUUUUACUUCAGUAACUGAGACAGCUUCACUUAAUCAUUCUACAACUGAAAAUUCUCAAAUAGCAUCAUCACGUUUACCUACCAGAUCUCAAGUAAAUAAGAUCAAACCCACGGAUUUUUACGGUCCUCAGCCACGGAUUUCUGGAGGAUCCGAUGCAAACGUGACAUUUGUGAAGUCAAACACCGAUCGAAUUCGGGUUGACUCCGUACUCAAAUUAACGGAACCUCCUGUGGACUUCCAGAAGUUACUACGAAUCCGGGUUGCCAGCAUCAUUCAGAACUCGAGUUUUGGAGAAACUGAUGAAGUCACUAGUCAAUACUCAAACAUAAAAUGUACUUUAGCUUUGUUCCGAGUUUCAGAUGAUGAGGAUGAAACAUUGACAAAUAUCUAUCGGCAGCCUCAGACAGGCAGGAUUAAAAGGACACCCGGUGAUCGUCAAAUCGAUACUUUUCCAAUAUACUUGCCACCCUUUAUAAUCCCUUCAGACGUCCUUUCUCAGGAUCCAAUCCCCGAUGAAUCAUCGGGUCGAUUGCAAGGUUCUGGUGAAUUUGGGAAGUAUAGGGUUGAGUUGUUAAUGGAGCCAUAUCACGCUAAUCGAAAGGACUGGUUGCCUUUGACAAUUUCCAGUCUCCCCCACAACAGUCGCCUCGCGAAAAAGAUAUUCAAAGGAGAAGCAGAGCUCACUGAUGUGCGCCAAAUGGUAUGCGAGUUCUUGCUCUUUGACUGGGAUAGUAAGGACAGCUCAGCUCAGAUAGAGCUGCUCUAUGGAGGGGAGAGAGUUGAAACUUCGGCCUCGUUGAAACUGGACAUACAAUGGUCGCUUCCAAAUCGUCUAAUUAAAAAAGAAGAGCUUGGUGAAAUACCAAAGUCACCGACGCCAGGUCCAAAAAUAGCUCCUGAGUUCGUUUUACCUCAUCUUCUAUCCCCGCAGAAGGCAGCGACAGUGGAGCAGGAAAGCCCCUCUCGUGCCAAGAGACGUGGUCGUGCAAAUAUUCCCACAUACAAUCUCAAAGCGUUAAGUGCGAAAGCUCAAGGAAAGAAAUUGAGAGCUCACUGGGGCAAAGAAAGUUCAGGAACUUCUGCGGCUCUGAGUGAUAUCGGUGAAUAUGUGACCUACACAUUCAGUAAAGCGGAUGCGGAAGCAUAUGGUAUCAAACAAACGCAUUCGGUAGCUGGAUUCGCGUGCCCUGUAUGCGAUAUGGACACUAAAGGCAUGGAAAGUCUUCGGCUUCAUUUCACGACCACACAUGAUCGAUUCACAUUCCGUCUUCGUCCCAAAUCUUCUUUUUUCGUUGAAAUCAACAAAAAAUCUCGAAAGUCGAGUGAAGUUCACCCUUUGCAAGUCGUCCAGCUUGGGAGAGCCACUACUUUGUUAGAUAUGGAGAGAUAUAUUUCUGGCGACAGUUCUUGGGCCGAAGUUAGAGAAGGGCCUCAGAACAAUCAAUGGCCCGACCCAGAUCUCCUUGCUCGUUUGCGGUUUGGAGCUUCUCCAUCUCCACCACCCCAAAUCUCGCGUCGGAGCUCGCAAGAAGUAUUGAACAAUGCUACCCAAGAAAACGAGGGCGAAAAUUCGGUACCUGCCUACAUCCGACGUCUGGCUAGCCUGCCUGCCAGAAGCAAGAAUCGGCACUACGUUCCUGAUAUCAGAAAUGGUCCAUAUCCUAGGUCGGCCUUUUCUCCCGAUAUUGUAGACCGCGUUUUCUAUGAUCUACGCACGAAGCAGGUUGUACAACCUGGGGAGGAAUUACCUGAUAGUGAUGAUGAGAAGGACGAGGCAUGGCUAUUACACAAACGAAAAUGGAUUAUCAAUGACUACACAGAUCUCACAGACGACGAGAAGGAAUACCUUAUCAAAUGGGAAGAAUUCAUCAUGGGCGAGCGACAGACUGGUCUAUCGCAUCUUCAGGAAGCCAUCAUGAGAUUUGUGUCAAGAAAUCGCGUCUGGUUUGCGGAGAAGAAGGCUCGGAAGAAGGAAUGGUGUAAGCAAAUUGAGUUAUUCGUAGCGAGAGAUGGGCUGGAAGACCAACCGUUGAUGUCCCGUUGCGAAAGAAUUUUCGAAUUGGGGAAGAAGGAAUUAGACGCAAAGAAUUCAAAGCCGAAAUCUGAAUUUGUGACAAGCCCAAAAGCGGACCCAGAGACAGACCUGGAUCAGGAGAUGAGGGGAGGCACUGAUUGUGUAUGUGGUGAUUUUGUUCAGACUCCUGAUCAGGUUAUGUGUAGUGGAGAAGUAAGUUUAUUUACCAUCUAUUUAUUCUAUACGUACUGACUACUUUACAGCUUUGUCCAGAUCGCCACUAUCAUAAAGAGUGCGCCAAAAAAUCUGGACGCUCAAUCGUGCCAAAAGGUACUUGGUUAUGUGAUCGAUGUAAUCUUAGAGCGUCGAUGAAACAAGUGGUGGCCAAGACGAGUACUCAUUUUAAGGAUAUUCUUCAGGACAGGAUCUUAAAGAAGAGGCGAAUGGCAUAGGUAGCCAGUAUCGAGGCGAGCAGAGUCUGGAUGAGAGACAUUCACCACCAAAAUCAAACGAUCUCAAGUGAAGAAAGCGAAGAUCAAAGGAAAUAGGGGAUAAGUAAUUUAUUACCAAAAUGUAACCUUAGAUGUAUGCAACCUUGCAUUAUAUGCUAUGCUAAAUCUGAACUUCCUCGCUCUUAUUUAGAUACAUGAAAUGAAUCAACCAUAUGAUAC